GAUCUAAUUAGUGAGAUCCCCCAGGUCCCGCCUACCCACUUCAAGAUCUAUUUAAGCAGCAGCCCAGUCAAGCAAUCUUCACUUUUCUUGCUUUUACCAGAUGAGCUGAUCUGGAGUUGAGAAGAAAUUCAUCAGACUGUCGUCCGUAUUUCUUGAAAGAUGUCCUACCCAACAACUGUGGAAAUCAUUGGUGGUGCUGGAGGUUCUUCCUUUUCAUUUACUGGUAUGAAUAACGGUGCCAGCUUAGAGAAGAUUGGCGUGUGGGUGGGUGGAUGGCAGGUGACGGCUGUCAAGGUUUGGCUUUCAGAUGGCAGAAGUGCAACCUUUGGCGAUCCAGAUGGACCGUAUGAAGAGUACGCAUUCAAACUUAAUGAGUGUUUCACCUCACUGUCCCUCUGGGGGAACGGAGCAGGAACGCGUCUUGGAGCCAUCAAAUUCAAGACCAACCUGGAUGGAGAAUUUUUUGCAAAGAUGACGAGCUGGGGCUUAAAAACAGAAUAUCCCAUUGAUGUCUGUUCUGGAUUUUGUCUGGGAGUUGAAGGAAGAGCUGCUUCAGGUAUUGACUGCAUGGGAUUUAUGUUUCUCAGUGCCGUUCAAUCAACCGUUCUCACAAAUGUCAACUAUCCCACAAUAAAAGAACUGAUACCACAAGUGACCGUAGAAGAGAUCAAAGCCGUCACUUUCAGAAACGACACCUCUGCCACACAACAGCAAAAAGUUGAAACUUCAAAGAAAGUGACCCAAAAGUCUUCAUGGUCAGUGUGUAACCGCUUUACUGCAACACUUAGUAUCGAAGUGAAGGCAGGGAUUCCAGGGGUUACAGAAGCUUCUACAGGAUUCAGUUUCAGCGUUGGACAUGAAAGCACUUACGGUCAUGAGCUGACGGAUGAGACCACCGAAACCCUGUCGACCACUGUUGAUGUGCCACCUAAAAAGGAGGUGACUGUUAAAAUCACCAUCGGAAGCGCCACGUUUGACCUGCCUUACACUGGCACAGGGAAGAUCACUUGCAAGAACGGCAGUGUGUUGCAGUACGAAACCAAGGGCCAAUACAAAGGCAUCACUUACACUGAUAUCAAAGUGAAUACUGAAGAAUCUGAUCUGUAAUGUUAAGAUGCAUUCUUCUUGGCUGGGCUUUUUCCCUUUCGUGUUCAAUCUGACUUUGAAUAAAAGUAUUUCAUGGGCCCUGUGUGUACUGUUUGUCUGUAUUUAAUUGUUGCUUCACU